CUAUACUUUCGGAUAGUCAGGCACAAAUGUCCAUUCAGUAGAUUAUAGCCAUCGUCACCGCCACAGUCAGUCAGUGAGUUCGACGGCGAGUGAGGAAAAUACGUACACAGAAUCGCGUAGUAUAGUUUAGUGUAAUCCGGAGAAGAUUGCUCUGACGCAAAUGGUAAUAUUUAGAAAAAAAUGUGAUGGAAUUUCAAUUAGACAUUUUUACUAGCUUUAUGCACGGUCAAUUUGAAUUAGUGUUAUACAUGCUUAGAUACUAGCUAGAGAACUGUUUUGUAAAGUGUCGUUACCGCAAAAGCCACAACAUGUUUAGCUGUCUUUGGCAAUUGUGGGAUUGGAUCGAUCCGCCUACGUUCACCACAAUGGAAAGCAAGAAGCUUCAACAGUUGCAACAGGCCAACUCACAUUUAGCACCAAUUCCACAAACGAAGCCUCCAGCAUUUCAGCAACAGUGCAACGAUUAUCGGCCCAAUCGCUCACCAGUAUUUCAAAACCAUCCUCAGUAUCAAAGUUUUGCGUCAAAUUUUGCUCAGAUCAACUACCCACACCAAAUACGACCCCAACAACCCCCGCAUUUGCAACAGCAGCAGCAGCAACAGCAACAACUGCACCAACAACAACAACAACAACAGCAGCAGCAGCAACAACAUCUCAGCGCACGCAGUAGUCCCAAAUCGAACAACAACAGUUUGUACCUUAGCGAAUACUCAAGCUCUAGCCAUGUCGGACAACCUCAGCAUCAUCAUACCAUCGGAAGUCAUUACCACUUCGAUCAAAUUUACCAAACAAGUUCCCCAUCUAGUGCCAGUGGCGAAAGGGAGCGACUGUACCAAACGGCCCCCAGGCCAUCUCAGCAUACUCAUACGAGUCCACCGCCACUUUCAAAGCUGGAACUUCAGUUUCAGCAGCUGCAGCGAGAAAAGAUUCAAGCUCAAAUCAAAACCGCCACUGAGGCACUAGCGCAUCAGCAACAGACGUUCGCCUUAAGACAACAACUCAAUCCACCAGUCCCCAACUAUCAUCUUAAGCAAAACUUGCUCCAAAAUCUAUCUCAACAACAUCACCAACAGAUACAACAACAACAACUUCAACAACAACAACAAAACCGUAAUGCACCACCAUCAAGUCUGAACCUGACUAGCCAUUUCCAACCUGCUCAAGGCCCAAUGAAACUUAUCAACCCGAAUAUCCAUGACUAUGGCGCAACUGCUACGAAUCAACAUCCAAUAAACGAAUCUUUCUAUCAGGCCACUCAACAGAAGCACAUUCACCCGAAAACCCCGAACAAUCUUCAAUCGCCAGCACCUAACCAGAUCAUCAUCCAGCAGAACAAUCCUGGUCAAGUGGUAAAUCAGGCCUGCCAGACGCAAAUUAGUGGUGUGAAAAGUCAACCGCCGAACCAAAAGUCUCCCAACUCGGAUUCCCUUUCCUCUCCUUCGCAUGAUGGAUUAGAACGACGAAAAAGUGGUCCGGUUCACACGCUCAAGUCUCCAGUUACGAAGCGGCCUUCUAAUGCACCGGUUACCAUGUCGGGAUGGCUGUACAAACAAGGUUCCGACGGGCUCAAAGUAUGGCGCAGAAGAUGGUUUGUGCUAUCUGAGUACAUUCUCUACUACUAUAAAAGUCAAGAAGAGGAAAAACUUCUGGGUACAGUAUUACUGCCAUCAUACAAAAUAUCGGCGUGUUUUCCUGAGGACAAAGUGUAUCGAAAAUUUGCUUUCAAGUGUGAGCACACAAACAUGCGAACAUUUGUGUUUGCGGCGGAAACAGCAGAGUCAAUGACGUCCUGGGUUCGAUCACUCACCUUAGCAACUAUGAUGCAAGGGAGCAGCGAAUCGGAUGCAAGUCCCCCAUCGAAUAAUGCUCGCAGUGGAGACAACAGUGACUCUGGUAUACAAACCUACCAAUCGCAAGCCUGCAAGUCAGGAAGCGUUCAAGCGCCCGUAACUCCAGUAUCUGAUAAUGGUGGUGGAGCUCAACCACUUUAUGCGAAUGCUCCACCGAAACCACGAAGGGCCAAUGACGGGGGCUAUUCUUCGCCUAGUCCGGAACAUAUGCCAGAACGAUACGAUCAAGAGCAUCAACCAAUUUAUGGAAGUCGUGACAAUCAUCAAUCGAAAACUUCCGAUGCGAUUAACAAUCCAAAUCUCUUGCACUCCCAAUCGCCGAUAACAAAACGAGGAUACAACGAACAACAAGCAUACGAUCCGAACUAUAACGAUGCGAUCUACGGUAAUGCGAAGAGAAUAGAGAGAGACUUGUACAUUCAAAAACUUAUUCAGCAACAGCAACAGCAACAACAGCAACUGCAUCAACUUAAACAACAACAGCAACAAAAGCAACUACAGCAACUUGCUAUGCAGCAAACUCCACAGCAUCAACGACACACUAAUCCAUUUAUGCAUCCGAGUUCCGAUCGACGAACACCUGAUACAUAUGGUCCACCACGAGCUGCCAUGGAGAAACACAUGUCCGACUACGAAGAUAUCUACAAUUUGACCGUACUUUCAAAAUCUCUUCCUCCAAAUAUGGCAGAAGAUGUAACGGGAUCCGUUGGAUACCAGCGACCAAUGAGUCCUCUACGUUACGACAACAACAGUCAAAAUCCGUCGAUGCCCAUGCGAUACACUCCCAACUAUCUAGAGCAGUCGCCCGCACAGCAGCAACAUGUGCAGAUGCGCGCUCGACCUGUUCAAUCUACCAUUCCGCGGCCACACUCCGCCGAUUUCCUCGACUAUGAAGCACGAAAUCCGAUUAAGACGAAGCUCAAGGAGGAGCCGACUCGGGCACCUCGACCUAAAUCUAGUCUGGAUAUCAACCGUACACCUGACAACUACUAUUAUUCGGAAGCAAGCUACGCAGAAAAAAUGCGAAUGCAAAGUGCAUCCUACCUACAAAGAUCGAAUCUCGGAGGACUGUCCGGAAAACAGCGCGGCGACGAGUCUCAAGGUGUCAACAAUUCUGGGACAGUUCCUCGAGACGGUUACUAUGUGGGUCGAUCCGAAUAUGGUGAUGAGUUGCAACAAGGUUCCGCUAGUGUCCCUCGAGUUCAGCGCGUGACGAUGAACAACCUUAAAAAGUAUCCCUCCCAACAAGAACAGUUUCUGAGAUCGGCUAGUGCGCGUCUUCCCCGCAAAGAAGAAGAUCAAUCAAUCAGAGACGGUGAGCGGAAGCGAGAAGAAUCGAUGAAACGAUUAUUGGAAUGGAAACAGCGUAUGCUUCAAUCUCCACUAACUCGGAAGAUUUCACAACAGCAGCAGCAGCAGCAACAACAACAACAACAGCAAAUAUGUGGUGUCAGUUCCCCUAACUCCACCGGUAACAAUCCAUUCCUAACUAAAUCGAUGGAAAUGGGAAUGGCGACGGAUGCGUAUGUAGAACAAAGUAAGCAGCUGCAACCACAAAUGGUACCGGAAAACAAAGCCAACCUGGAGUAUAACAGCUACUCAUCUGACGAUGAAGCUUCUAUUUCAGUUCGCAACUUUAAAAAUACCAACAAGGUCGUGCUAACAGUAAAACCAGAUCCAUCCGACUACCGAGAGGACCCGAAGAUGCAUGCGUAUUAUGAUCCAUCGCAAACCGAAUAUUACUACCAGGAACAGGAGCGAUACAUUCGACCAGAUAUCAGCUUCGAAUCGACCCAUGAUUUAUACACACAGGCACAGCUACAGCGAGCACAAGAAAUGAACCUUCAACAGCAUUAUCAGUUGCAGGAUAUCGAUCGUAGUUUAGCAGCUAUGAGCCAAGAAUCGCCCGAAGAAAAAUGGCCCGCUAACAAUCAACAUCUUUACCGUGAUCAACAAACUUCUAAUCAUCAGAGGACCGAACUAAGAGUAAGUUACUUGGGGAUAAUUGAAGUCUAUUGCCAUACUGAUUACGGCUUUGAAAACCAAAAUACGCAAAUACUAUUUUCCAACACACUUAAUCACCCAUGUUUUCCGCAGACGUUGGAAAUGUCCGCCGGGGACUUACUGAACCGUACUCACGAAGAACUAGUCUUGCUGUUGAUACAAUUGCGACGACAGAACAGCAAUACGGCACGCUCAAUCGAGCAAUGUUGCACAAAUAUACACGAUAUUCAGAAUUCGAUACGUAUAUCUGAUGGACCGACUAGAGCUGAGAAUCUUGCGCGUUUAGAAGUUCUUAAGAAACAGUUGUUAGAAUUGGAGAAGCAGUAUGAGAAGGAGAAACCUCUAAUUAAUUUGGUAGACAAUAUGGUCAAACUUGGAACGUUGUACCGUGGAGCUCCUGGUAAGAAGAGGGCAAAUUCCUCUGAAUCUGCUACGCUCGAUCGCUUGGAGUUCAAUCAACGGGUUCAGGAGAGACGUUUAUUACAAGAAGAGCAACGACAGUGGAAUCGGCUCAGUCCAAAUCAUCUUGAGUUGCAGUCAAAGGUGCAGCAGUUAUAUCAAAUCGAUCAAUUACUCCAGGAAGAAUCUGGCACAUUACAGAGCUUACAGCGCGAUAAGGAAGACAUUGAACGCGCUCUUGUGAGUCUUAAAACCAGAAUAAUGAAGGGAGAUACUCCUCCAGUGGCGGUAGAAGCUGCUCGACAGCAGCAACACACACUAGAACGUGAGCUAUCACGGGUGCAUCUGUUGCUGGCAGAAAAUUCCAAGAAACUGGAGAAAACUGUUGCCGACAACGCACGGUUAGAACAAGAAUUGCUUGUACUGCGUCAAAAGCUUCAAGCAUCGCGUGUCACACGUGAAUCACAGGGUACACUAACAAAUGGGCAAGAUGGGCAAUAUGUUGGCACGGCAACUGCAGUUUUAGAAUCUGAAUUGCGUCGAGUUCAAAGGCUAGUCGGGGAUAUGCAACGUCAACGACAGGAGCUUAGUCAGGCGGUUCGUCAACUUACGGACAAUUCGGAUACAUUGUACAAUCAGAUCAACAAGAAUGGAGAAAGUAAAUCUCACAUUAAAAAGCGACCCCAUCGUACUUCAUGGGUUGAAACAGAUCUGGAUUCAUUGGUAAGCAAAGAUCAUGGUAAAAAUGACAGCAGUUCAUCGUUGAAUCUAUCCGAUAAGCAAAGUUCAAUAGGGAGCAGAAUCGAACAUGAUCGCAUGGAGAGUUUCGAAUCAUACAGUGUAGACAGCGAUGAGCUAUUGGAGGACCCUACUGGAGGUCAAUUUGGAUUCCAAGACAAACAAGAGAUAAAAACCGUUAGGAUUGUGAAACGUGAAUCGGAACGAAGGCAUAGAGAUCGUGAGAAAGAUCGAAGUAACGUUUCGACACAUAGUCUAGAUCAAGUGCUCGAGGAAGAAGCGCAGAUAUUCGAAGACUACACAAACUACCACAGAUCUAGGUCGUUACCUAGAGGAUACGAAACUCACGAGGCGUUUAUUCAGAACCAGGAUGUUCAAACGUAUUCGAAUAACCUCAAGGAUUAUUAUAGCAUGACAGCAAAUAGCAACAAUGCGUACCCGGUGUCAAUGAUCGACCGCAAAGCAGAUCUUUAUUCCGGUUGUGAUCGUCAAGUUAAGGCACCAACAAGCAAAUCAAAUAGUUUUUCGAUCGAGGGUAGCUCCCAAAUGCCGGGUCUACGAAAUAAGACAGAGUCGAUACAAAGUUUGACCAUUCCAGAACAAAGUCCUGUGUUCCAGAGCGAAGCUGCUAAACAAAUCAUCCAUGAAAUGGCUGGCAAUGGAAAGGAGAAACAACAGGCCAGUAGCAGUAACGUAUCAACUAGCGAGCGACAAAGGCAGAAAUCAGAACACCUUGCUCAACAGAACAAACAUCGUCGAUCUGUUCCAAAGGAAAAACGUCGUCAUCACACUGCACCUCACCACGUCACUGCAAAACAGAUGGAGAUCAUGCAGAGCGAGAAUGAUAUGAAUAAGAAUAACAUCAACUGGCGUGCUCGAGAUGAUGUUGACUUAGAGGUGACAUUGAGACCACGAUCUAAUGCUCCGGACGUCGUUCGAUCAGCUAUUGGUCCUAGAGAGAAGAUUUCAGAGCAUACAAUCGAUAAAUUGCUGGCCGCUCCAAGUAAGAUUUUGAUUCCAGAACGAUACGUUCCAGAGCAAACACCCGAGUUGUCACCGGAGGAGAAACUACGUCGCCAAGAGAAAGUGGAAGCCAUCAAGAAAAUGCUCUCCGAAGCUCCUAUCGCGGGAAAUGAUACAUCCCCGAAUCAACCAGCAAGUUCGGAGAAAAGACAGCGAGAACACCUACUUCAACUGAAUCAAAUUUUAGCCCAGCAAGUUAUGCAGAUGAGCAAAAUAGUGGCCGACGACAAACCCAGGGACCACAACACAGAAAACUCGAUGGCAGUGCUUCCCUCCAGCAUCAAUAAACUAAAGAAGACACGCGGCAUCUUCAAAACUAACGGGCGUAAACAUAGUGGCUCAAACGAUGACGACGAUGAGGAAACCAAUUACCGUAGUGAUAUGGAAGAUGACGAUGAUACUGAAUCUCCGCCUGAACCACUGCCACUCUAUCAGCAACGUGAGAACUAUUUCACAUAAACAACCAGGAUUUCAAUGCUUUUAUUGCUUCCAAACGUACAACUUAUCUCAGUAAAAUAGAUGCUCCUCAUUCUGAGGAUACAAUAGGAAGUGGAACAAUUGAAUUGAUUUUCCGUCCAUCAUCGGUUGGCACUGCAGCUUACAACACACAGACAAGAUGAAUGUCCCAUAAAUGAAUUACUAAAGUUCACCGUAUUUUCCCGAAAGGAUUAAUUGAAACGUUUGAUUACCGAUAAACAAAUACAUACUCACGCAUAUCAGUCGCAACCAAAAGAAGCAGAUAUUUAGUUGUUGUUUUAAAAAUAUUGCCAAAAUACGCAAUUUUUCGGUACUAGUUUUCACACAUACUGAACAGGAAGUUUACUAGUACUGUGGAAAGUACAAGCUAUAUUUUUAAGUUAACCAAGAACCAGUGCAAACAAGGGAGGAGCUAAUUUUAACUAAAUGCAAAUAAGCAACAGUUACAACAUAGCGAUCAAUUAGCAUUUGAAGCAAAUAAGUUCACUCGCAGGUACGACGUAAGAUGGCGAUCAACAAUAAGGGAGCGUCAAUUAUCGUUUACAUCCGAAUAAUGUGAAUUAAACCAGCAGAAAAUACAUUUCAAUGGAAUUACAUAUAAACCCUAGCUAACAUGUCAGAACAAAAUAUAUAGAAUAUGAUACGUUUAAAAAAUACCAAUUAAAUAAUCAAUCAUUACGGUAAAUGGAUUACAGUUAUAAGGAGGGUAUUUAUAUGUUUUUGCAAAUGUAAAAGCUGUUGCACAUUGAGGUGAACAAGUUUGACAAUGAAAAUAUCAAAAUAAUCUAUACCGCAUGUCUCCCCAAAUAAACAACAUACAAUUAUACAUAUUCGUCAAUUUGAAUCACUCGAAGAAGAAAAAAAAUAUUUGCUCAAUUCAAACAGUACGAAAAUUAAGUCAGUAUCAAAAACUUAAACCUAAUCGCAUUUAUCUUAAACGGUAUAUAAUCGAUUCCUCCUUCCUGACUAUUGCAUCCGUCAGUAUUAUGUUUAGUAUGUUAUUUAGCGAAACCGCUUGAUACCACAAACACAUAUUCCCAAACAUCACCGCUCACGAUUACAGGACCCACAAGAGAAUAUGGUGUUUAACUGUUAGACAAUGUGAACCAACAACACAGGGCCUAAUUAUUUUGUAGCAUCCGGGGGCAUGUUGCUAGCUCUGCGAUUGAUAAAUUACGAAUGUACUCAAUGUUGCAUUUACAGGGUUUUUUUUUAUUUGUCUACAAAUUUUUUAUAGCGAACUAUACAUGGUAGAUUCUGAUCUCUAAUCAGAACAUCAACACAAAUAUUGGUAGCAUCUUUGUAUCAUAAAUAUUACUAGCUACAGAACUGGCUUCUAGCGCUGUUUUGUCGCUGAGACAUAGAUUGAAAUCCAGGCAUAUCAUGAAUCUUCAAAUCUCUUCUAAGCUUAAUGUUUAGUUUUGCUUUAUAUUUCUGUAAGUACAUAAGCGUUUUUAUUUGUUACUACUCUCAAUUAGCCAUAUUCGAGAAAACGACAAAAUUAAACUCGUUGAAAAGAGUCACGCUGCCAGCACAAAGAAGAGCGAAUACAAUACAACAACGUUGAACGUAUCCGCGCAGUUUUCCUCCUGAACAAUCGAAGAAACUGAUAAACGAUUUGCCAUACUACUAUGAUGUAUUGAAACAGAAAUCAACUCGUACAAGAGAAUUAUUUUUUAACAAUUGUUCUAGGUGCUAUAAGUUGAGUCUUAUUUUUAUUCGUUUUUUAAUUGUAAUCAACCGGAGCGUUCGCUAAAUAGAAAAUACACAAAAAAAAUCAUUCCGUGCACCGUUAUGCGGAAUUUGUCGUUGAAUAAUGUUAAUGAAAAAAUACAAUAAAAACUAUAUUGUUAAUGGAAAGAAAACAUCCAGAAAAUGAAAUUAUUGUAAAAUAAAGUUGUAAACACAGAUGAAGAGCAUGAACCUCGUUUUAGGAUAAUUUAUAUGCCACCAAAUAAGUUACAAGCUGCUUGAAUUGUUCAUAAUCAUUGCCUAAAAAAGAAACAUAUAAAAUGAUUCAAUAAAUGCAGAUAUUGCAAUCAUGAAAUACAAACUUACACUAGCAGAUACUUUAUGCAGCUACGACAGAACGCAACGGUUUUGUUAAUGAAUAAAUAAAUAACAACAUCAGACAUCGUUCACCACGAUG